ACCAUGGUAAGCACCUGGGGUAAAAUAGCCCAUCUAUGGGGUCUACAUUGAUACUAAGCCUGCAUUUCUUUUCUCGAACCAUCUGUAUAGGUCAUCAAAGUAGGAGAUAUUAUUCCUGACGGCACUCUUCAAUGGGUUCCUUACAACCCCAAUGACGACAUCAAAGCAUGCCCUCGGUAAGUGCUACCAGUGGUCCUAUCCAUUCCUUUCGACACAUCAAUGCUGAUACACUGUAUAAUUAGUCCUUUGCCUUUCAAGAUCCAUGAAAAGUUGAAGGGCAAGAAGGCCGUCAUCUUCGCUAUCCCCGGUCCUUUCACUCCCACUUGCUCUGAGCAACACGUUCCCGGUUACUUGGAAGCCCACGAAGCUCUCCAGUCCAAGGGUGUCAACGACAUCAUCUGUUUGUCUGUUGUUGACGGUUUCAUCAUGUCUGCCUUUGGCAAGACCUUCGGUGUCAAGGAUAAGAUCAUCAUGGCUGGUGAUGGCAGCGCUCUCUUCAGCUCUGCUCUUGGUUUGACCCAGGAUUUAACCAACAACGGUAUGGGUAUCCGUUCCAAGCGUUUCGCUAUCCUUGUCGAUGACUUGGUCGUCAAGUACGUCGGUGUCGAGCAGGCCCCUGGCGUGACCUCUUCUGGUGCUCAGGCUGUUCUCGCUAAGUUGUAGAUGAAUUUUUCAGGAACAAGAAAAAUAAAAAAUUCAUAAAGAUCAAAAAUGGAAAUAGAAAGUAAAAAUGUGCGGAG